GGCGCCCGAGGGGGGAGGCGGCAGGCGCCCGGAGCCGCGCGAGGAGCCGCGGCCGCCGCGCCAUGGAGCCCGAGUGAGCGCGGCGCGGGCCCGUCCGGCUCCGGACAACAUGGAGGCGGCGCCGCCCCGGCCUCGGCCGCCGCCGCUGCUGCUGCUGCUCGCGCUCUGCUGCAGCCUGGCCCCCGCCGCGGCCUCGCCGCUCCUCCUGUUUGCCAACCGCCGGGACGUACGGCUGGUGGACGCCGGCGGAGUCAAGUUGGAGUCCACCAUUGUGGUCAGUGGCCUGGAGGAUGCGGCCGCGGUGGAUUUCCAGUUCUCCAAGGGAGCCGUGUACUGGACGGAUGUGAGCGAGGAGGCCAUCAAGCAGACCUACCUGAACCAGACGGGGGCUGCCGUGCAGAACGUGGUCAUCUCCGGCCUGGUGUCGCCCGACGGCCUGGCCUGCGACUGGGUCGGCAAGAAGCUGUACUGGACGGACUCGGAGACCAAUCGCAUCGAGGUGGCCAAUCUCAAUGGGACGUCCCGGAAGGUCCUCUUCUGGCAGGACCUGGACCAGCCGCGGGCCAUCGCCUUGGACCCCGCUCACGGGUACAUGUACUGGACAGACUGGGGAGAGAUACCCCGGAUCGAACGGGCAGGGAUGGAUGGCAGCACCCGGAAGGUUAUUGUGGACUCAGACAUUUACUGGCCCAACGGGCUGACCAUCGACCUGGAGGAGCAGAAGCUGUACUGGGCGGACGCCAAGCUCAGCUUCAUCCACCGCGCCAACCUGGACGGCUCCUUCCGGCAGAAGGUCGUGGAGGGCAGUCUGACGCACCCUUUUGCCCUGACGCUCUCUGGAGACACUCUGUACUGGACAGACUGGCAGACCCGCUCCAUCCACGCCUGUAACAAGAGGACUGGAGACAAGAGGAAGGAGAUCCUUAGUGCUCUCUACUCGCCCAUGGAUAUCCAAGUGCUCAGCCCAGAGCGGCAGCCUUACUACCACACGCAAUGUGAGGAGAACAACGGCGGCUGCUCCCACCUGUGCCUGCUGUCCCCGAGGGAGCCCUUCUACGCGUGCGCCUGCCCCACCGGUGUGCAGCUUCAGGACAACGGCCAGACGUGCAAGGCAGGGGCCGAGGAGGUGCUGCUACUGGCCCGGCGGACGGACCUGCGGAGGAUCUCGCUGGACACGCCGGACUUCACAGACAUCGUGCUGCAGGUGGACGACAUCCGGCAUGCCAUCGCCAUCGACUACGACCCGCUGGAGGGCUAUGUGUACUGGACGGACGACGAGGUGCGUGCCAUCCGCAGGGCGUACCUGGACGGGUCGGGGGCACAGACGCUGGUCAACACCGAGAUCAACGACCCCGACGGCAUUGCAGUCGACUGGGUGGCCCGCAACCUCUAUUGGACGGACACGGGCACCGACCGCAUCGAGGUGACGCGCCUCAACGGCACCUCCCGCAAGAUCCUGGUGUCCGAGGACCUGGACGAGCCCCGCGCCAUCGUGCUGCACCCCGUGAUGGGCCUCAUGUACUGGACAGACUGGGGGGAGAACCCCAAAAUCGAGUGUGCCAACCUGGACGGGCAGGAGCGGCGCGUCCUGGUCAACACCUCCCUGGGCUGGCCCAAUGGCUUGGCUCUGGACCUGCAGGAGGGGAAGCUGUACUGGGGAGAUGCCAAGACGGACAAAAUCGAGGUGAUCAACAUCGACGGGACAAAGAGGCGGACGCUCCUGGAGGACAAGCUCCCACACAUUUUCGGGUUCACGCUGCUGGGGGACUUCAUCUACUGGACCGACUGGCAGCGGCGCAGCAUCGAGCGCGUGCACAAGGUCAAGGCGAGCCGGGACGUCAUCAUCGACCAGCUGCCCGACCUGAUGGGGCUCAAGGCUGUGAAUGUGGCCAAGGCCGUCGGGACCAACCCGUGUGCAGACAGGAAUGGGGGCUGCAGCCACCUGUGCUUCUUCACGCCCCGCGCCGCCAAGUGCGGCUGCCCCAUCGGCCUGGAGCUUCUGAGUGACAUGAAGACCUGCAUCGUCCCCGAGGCCUUCCUCGUGUUCACCAGCCGGGCCGCCAUCCACAGGAUCUCCCUGGACACCAAUAACAACGACGUGGCCAUCCCGCUCACGGGCGUCAAGGAGGCCUCUGCCCUGGAUUUUGACGUGUCCAACCAUCACAUCUACUGGACUGACGUCAGCCUAAAGACCAUCAGCCGGGCCUUCAUGAACGGGAGCUCCGUGGAGCACGUGAUCGAGUUUGGCCUCGACUACCCGGAAGGCAUGGCCGUCGACUGGAUGGGCAAGAACCUCUACUGGGCGGACACUGGGACCAAUAGGAUCGAAGUGGCCCGGCUGGACGGGCAGUUCCGGCAGGUCCUUGUGUGGAGGGAUCUGGACAACCCGAGGUCGCUGGCCCUGGACCCCACCAAAGGCUACAUCUACUGGACCGAGUGGGGCGGCAAGCCCAGGAUCGUGCGGGCCUUCAUGGACGGGACCAACUGCGUGACGCUGGUGGACAAGGUGGGCCGGGCCAACGACCUCACCAUCGACUACGCCGACCAGCGUCUCUACUGGACGGACCUGGACACCAACAUGAUUGAGUCAUCCAACAUGCUGGGUCAGGAACGGGUCGUGAUUGCCGAUGACCUCCCGCACCCCUUCGGCCUGACGCAGUACAGUGAUUACAUCUACUGGACAGACUGGAACCUGCACAGCAUUGAGCGAGCCGACAAGACCAGUGGCCGGAACCGCACCCUCAUCCAGGGCCACCUGGAUUUCGUGAUGGACAUCCUGGUGUUCCACUCCUCCCGCCAGGAUGGCCUCAAUGACUGCAUGCACAACAAUGGGCAGUGUGGGCAGCUGUGCCUCGCUGUCCCCAGCGGCCACCGCUGCAGCUGUGCCUCACAUUACACCCUGGACCCCAGUAGCCGCAACUGCAGCCCACCCACCACCUUCCUGCUCUUCAGCCAGAAGUGUGCUAUCAGCCGAAUGAUCCCCGAUGACCAGCACAGCCCAGACCUCAUCCUGCCGCUGCACGGGCUGAGGAACGUCAAGGCCAUCGACUAUGACCCGCUGGACAAGUUCAUCUACUGGGUAGAUGGGCGCCAGAACAUCAAACGAGCCAAGGACGAUGGGACCCAGCCCUUCGUUUUGACCUCUCCGAGCCAAAGCCAGAACCCAGACAGGCAGCCGCACGACCUCAGCGUGGACGUCUACAGCCGGACCCUGUUUUGGACGUGCGAGGCCACCGACACGAUCAACGUCCACCGGCUGAACGGGGAAGCCAUGGGCGUGGUGCUCCGCGGGGACCGCGACAAGCCGAGGGCCAUCGUCGUCAACGCCGAGCGAGGGUACCUGUACUUCACUAACAUGCAGGACCGAGCAGCCAAGAUAGAGCGCGCGGCCCUGGAUGGCACCGAGCGCGAGGUCCUCUUCACCACGGGCCUCAUCCGCCCCGUGGCCCUCGUGGUGGACAACACGCUGGGCAAGCUCUUCUGGGUGGACGCCGACCUGAAGCGCAUUGAAAGCUGCGACCUGUCAGGGGCCAACCGCCUGACCCUGGAGGAUGCCAACAUCGUGCAGCCUGUGGGCCUGACUGUGCUGGGCAGGCACCUCUACUGGAUCGACCGCCAGCAGCAGAUGAUUGAGCGCGUGGACAAGACCACAGGGGAUGCGCGGACACGAGUCCAGGGCCGUGUCGCCCACCUGACCGGCAUCCACGCCGUGGAGGACAUCAGCCUGGAGGAGUUCUCAGCCCACCCUUGUGCCCGGGACAAUGGCGGCUGUUCCCACAUCUGCAUUGCCAAGGGUGAUGGGACGCCACGGUGCUCAUGCCCAGUCCACCUCGUGCUCCUGCAGAACCUGUUGACUUGUGGUGAAGCAGCCAUCCUCCAUCACAGGCUCCUCAUGGGAGUAACAAAGACAGCGGAGAAAGCAUGUGCACACGCGUGUGUAUGUUUUAUGCCCCAGCGUGUGGUCUACCUUGGUGAAUAUUCCAUGUGAGCCUGAGAAGAUGUGUCAUCUGAUGUUGCUGGGUGGAGUGUUCAGUAAAUGUUGGUUAGAUCCAGCUGAUGGAUAGUGCUGUUCAGGUUGUCUGUAUCCUUCCUGACUGUUUGUGCUGUCAGUUACUGAUGGAGGUGUUGAAGUCUCCAAUAGUGGGUUUGUCUAAUUUUUUAGUACUGUCUUUUCUCCGCCUUCUACCCUUGAUCGUCUUCUUCCCUAAGGUUGCACAGGGAGUGGCCAAGAAUGUAAGCUGCAGUGUCAGACAGACCUGGGUUCAAAUCCCAGCUUUGCCACUUCCCAGCUGAGUGACCCUGGGCUGGUCACUCACCUCUCUGAGCCUCCACUUCCUUCUCUGUGAAAUAGAGAAAUUGAGAGCACUUACUUGAUGGGGUUGUUAUUAAGUAACAGAGUACUUUACAUGGUCCCUGACACAUGGCACACAGGAAUGCCAGCUGCUAUUAGUUGUGAGAAUGGCAGUAGUAAUAAAAAGGAAUAAUUGUCAUUGUCACCAUGAUGAAACCCAAUCCCCAGGACUUCCUCUCCUCUUCCUGCAGGUCCCCCAGGUGACCUUGGAUGUGCUGUUUCUGUGUUCCUCUCUUCUUCCCUCCUCCUCUGAGCUCCUGGGGGCCGGUCUUUACUUCCCUUUUCUUGUCCCUUUUCUUCUCAUCCUCACCCCCACGACCUCCACGCUGUGUCCCACACACGGCAUAUGCUCAGCACAUCUCGGGAAGCAGGACCAUGGGCCUGUCCUUCUGGAGCUUUCUCCUGCCCCACCUCACACUGUGAACCCCAGAGAGCUUGGCCAAGAACAGAGGGGAUGUUUCAUGACUGUCCCGUGGUGGGGGCCACCUUGACCCUCCUGAGCUUCCUGGUGGCUUGUUUCUGAGUUCCGGCCCCAGGGCCCAAGUGGUUGUGCAGGUCCCACAGACGUCCAGGCUGCCCUGGAGGAGACGGGGCCGGGGAGAGAGCUGCACAGAGUGCUCAGCUCUCCCUGGGACCCCAGCGCUGGGCCUCCCCAGGGGAGGACGCAUCCCUCUGUCACCCGCCCCCAGGCUUCGGCCCUCAGACUUGAGGAUGCCAGGUCCUUCCUCACGGCCUAAGAGGCCUGUAUUUACUGUGUCCCUGGCCUCUGCUCUGGGGGCUCACAGGAGGAUAAGGGCUGACUGAGGUUCCCAGGAGGUGCCAUGGACCCUCGUGCCUCGUGCACCGGCAGAGCAGCGCCACUGCCAAUGCUGCGCACGCGCACAUUACCUAACCAGGCACCGCACGCGUGCACACACUCGCUCACACAUGCCCGUGCGUGUGCUUUCUCCGCUGUCCUCGUUACUCCCGCGAGGAGCCUGUGAUGGAGGGUGGCUGCUUCUGUUUUAGGGACGAGGGGACGGAGGCUCUGGGAGGUUGGGGGGUCCUCGGGUCGCACAGCUGCUGGGGGAGCCUGGGUUCAACCCCAGGUCUGUGCAACCCCCAUCCUGUCCCGUCCUCACUCUCUGGCCGCUGGAG